GCCGUGAUCGGUCGCGUCUGUGUCGAGGUUGACUGUGCGGGAGUUUUUUUUAUACUAGUUUCUUAGUGGCUUUCUUGUAUAUUUUUUUGUAGUUUUUCGCGAUCGCGUGUUUUCCUCCUGUAAGAAAAAGAAGAAAUAUGUGAUCGCUGUUUUCGCGGAAAGUCUGACAGUGGAAAACUGAUUUAAUCCCGUACGAUCGGUGUUUCGGAAGGUGAUCUCGUGUGUGGAAUUUGAACCCGAUCGAUCGCCUGUUGUGAGUGGGAGAGUGUGGGCAGGAAGGAAGCUAGCAAAGGUGACGCAAAGGGUGAAACUGUUGACGUGUCUUGCGCGCUGUCACCUGAAGAAUGUUGGUCUGACCAGGUCCGGUUUUCGGAGAGUGUGUGCUAUUUUUUUCUUCUGGAGUCUACUUGAGGAUCGAGUUGAAGGAAGAUUUCUUUUGGGAAAUUAGUGAUCGUGAACCGUGAAGAUUGCGCAGCUACAAACCACAGAUAGUCGUGUGAAUUGUUCUCGUGGAGUAUAAGAAUUCUUGGUUUUCUGGGGAUUGUGAGAGAAAACAAGAUACGAAGACCGACGAAAUCGGGGAAAACGGUUCAGCCAUAUUAGGUUGCCCUUAACAAUUUUGUGGUAGCCCGUCCUGCUUUGGCCACUGGAAGUUGGGCCGAGUAUCGGUGCAAGUUUCUCAGGUGGAUUGGCCCCGAAAGAGGUGCGAAAGAGUUCGAGCGAUACGUGAUCGGAAUGUGGUAAAGCCCGUCCGUCGAAGAGCCUGCGGCUGUAAGGCGGCUCAAGUGAGUGAGUGUGUUUCGGUGUUCCAAGCCAAGAGUGCCAAAGAGCACGAAGAAGUGUGUGUUUUUCGUUCCUCCUCGAUCUUCUGAGCUGAGUGUGUUGGUUUCCAAGUGGCCGGUAUGAUGGUGUGAUUUCCCAGCAGCAGCGAGCGGACAUUCCAGAGGUGAAGUUUUUCGUGCUAUCGGUGCGUUGAUACCUCCAAACACCCCAAGGAAUACUGUCGGAUCGGGUUGAGUACGCAUUGUUCCGAACAAACAGGUUGCGUGUCAAGGAACGCUACUUACUCGAGAAGAAGAAGAGAACAAGAACCGGUCGUGCUUAUGAAAGAACGAAACAUGGGAGAUUCGACGCCAAUUUGUCGCUGUCGGGUUCUCUACUUGGGCAGCGCCGUCCCUCGCCAAAGUAAAGAUGGCCUACAAGGCAUCCAGGAACCACUCAGAAGCCUCUAUCCCUCCGAAGGUGCCACCGGAGCCAAGGGAAUCGACUCCUGGCUCAGCGUCUGGUCCAACGGAAUACUCCUAGAAAACGUUGACGAAAACCGGAAACAGGUCACUCGAUUCUUCCCGAUCGAGUCUCUCCAUUAUUGCGCCGCAGUUCGGCAAGUCUUAAUCCCAGAACGCGGCAACAAUAACCCGGAACCCAAAUUCUUACCUCUUGACUCCCCAUUCGCUCGGACUCCCAGAGCACAACACCCCCCAAUUUUCGCCGCCAUCCUCAGACGCACAACCGGGAUCAAAGUGCUCGAAUGUCACACCUUCAUCUGCAAACGGGAAGCAGCCGCAAAUGCCCUGGUACGUUGCUGCUUCCAUGCGUACGCAGACAACUCGUACGCACGCCAACUAGAAGGUUCCGGAGGAAGCGGAAGUUCUAAUAGUGUCUACGGAACGAUUGGCGGCAAAUCCAACGGAACAGCUGAAGGAGGCGGCGGAGGCGGCUGGCGAUCACGUGCCGGAAGCACCACAACCCUCAACAGCGUCGGCGUCAACGGCAACGGUCGGCAAUCGACGAUGAAUGGCGUUGGCGAGGCGUAUACGGUGAAAAAUCUGUACGCCAGCAGUGCCGACCUGGACGUGGUCGACGAUGGCGACGGCAGUUCCCUCUACAAUGGCGACGAAAACCACAAAAUCUGGAACGGCUCCACCGAUCAGCUGGACGGGAUCGGCGUGGGAGACAGCGGCCAUUACGACAUCUACUCGGGCAGUGGAUCAACGCUGGGUCGACCGGUUCGGGCCCGACAAAUCGCAGCCCCCAUUCCGGUUCCGCCGCCCCCGAAGGAAGAACUCAAAAAGAUGAAAAAAGAAGCCAAGAAACAGUCCAAACAUCAGCAGCAGCAGCACCAUCUACAGGUAGGGAGUCAAAGUCUAUCCGGUACCCUUAUCAGACCCCGACCAAUGCACAUGAAUCCGUUAGGUCGAUCCGGACCUCCCGGGGGCCCAGGUGGUCCAAUGCCAGGCCCCGGAGGACAUCCAGCAAUGAUGAUGUACCCUUUGGGACCUCCCCCGCCACCACCACUUGGGGGUCGUCAGUUUCACACCAUCGGCCAUCGAAGCAGCAACGGGAUGGUCCCUCCACCCGGGAUGAUGCACCCGGGAAUGCACCACCCUGGAAUGCAUCACCCUGGCAUGCAUCACCCCUCGAUGCAGAUGAUGGUCCCUCCACAGUAUGCCACCCUUCAGAAUCCUCGCAGCAGCAAGAAGAAGAAAGAUAAGCACAAAUCGAACGUCGGAAUCCCGAUUGGGGUCCCGGUUGUUCCACCGAUCUUCGCCUAUCCUCCACCUCAACCGGGAUCGGUCCUGGAGCAACGCCCACUUUCCAUGAGCAAUCGCAAGCUGGCUCAGUCGGCCGCAGCCGGACUGGAUGAAUCGGGAAAUUCCGGAGCCGAAUCGCCCGGUGGAACCGGAAUCUACCGACGUAAGGGACACCUCAACGAGCGGGCCUUCAGCUAUUCGAUUCGGCAGGAGCAUCGGAGCCGAAGUCAUGGGUCCCUCGCUAGUCUGCAAUUUAAUCCGCCGGACAUGAAGAAGGAGCGGGAAAUUGCCCAGAUGGUCGCCGGGCUGGAGUUGAACGACGAUCGGGACGCGACGCUGCAGCGAAGGCGAUCCGAAGUGGUGAUGGCCGGUUCGUCGGGGACCUUCGGGAAACCGAGAAGAUGAAAUUGAGCGUUGAUGAGGUUUUGUGUUUUAAUUUUGGAUUUUUGUUUUGCGAUGUGGACCAUGAAUAUGCUGCGAGAGAGAGAGAGAGAGAGAGAGAGAGAGAGAGAGAGAGAGAGAGAGAGAGAGAGAGAGAGAGAGAGAGAGAGAGAAAUGAAGCUGGAUGAUAAUGUUGUACAGAGAAGUGAGCGAGAUGAUGAAAGUGGUGUCCAUAUGUUUGUUAGAUGUUAGGGUUUUAAUUUGAGAUGCACUGCGUUUUGUUAUUGAACGCAUUAAAAUUUGGAUGAGUUUAAAAUUUUUUUUGAAUAGAACAUAAUUUUCUGGGAUAGAUGAGACUUGAUACUUUAAACUUCUUCAAAUUAUCCUUAACAACCUGUUAAAAAGCCAGAAGAACAGCUUGAAAAUCGAUCACAAAAUAACGUCAUUUUUGUAGGAUGAAUGUUUAUGUUUUAAAUUAUAGAAAUAUACGUAUUUUUUAGUAGUUCUCAACCCUUUCAGUAAAACAGGCUUGUUCAGUGCAGUUUAAACAGGCAAGAAAUUUUCACAUCGAACACACAUAAUAACAUUAAUUAAAAAAAAAUAAAUAAGCAUUCAGGAAGACAAAGUGACGCCUUGACCAAAAAAAAUUUCAAAAACUGAAUAUUUUUCAGAAAAACUGAGAAUUUACCAUUAACAGUUAUAUAAAAUAAUAAUAACCUUUUUCACAUUUAAAAAAAUUAUAAUUCAAAACAAUUUUUUUUUAUUUCAAUGUUGUUUUGGUUCUAUUUAUUACUAGCCCGAAAAAAAAAAAAUCUUUAGUCCGUGUCGAUAUUUCCGAAAAACUCAAUGGUAAACACGAAAAAUACAAGGUUAAAAAAGGUUUAAAAAUUUUUCACACAUUUUCUGAAAGCGAAUGUCGUCAAAUUCAAAUUAAAAUGCUUAAAUUGAACUUCAAAACAUAGAAUAAGUUUUAUUUGGAAAUAAAAAAAAAAAGUUUAAAAUCAAAAAUUAAAAAUCUUAAACUCUUUAUUCGAUUCGAUUUAGAAAUAUAAAAUUCAUUUUAUGAAAAGAAGAUUUCAAUGAUCAAUUUAAAUUUGAAUUUCAGAUUUUUAAUUUGAAAUCGGUUUUUUUCCAAAAAUUAAAUAAGAAAUUCAAAAUAAAAAAACGCGAAUUUAUUUACAAACUCACUCAAAAUGGCAAGUCGGAUUCCCAAUUUAAAAACUUAAACUAAACUGUAAACUAGGAAUCUGGAAAUAAUUAUUUCGUUUCUGAAACUUCCCAUAAGAAUUUCUGAUAUUUUUAUCUAAAGAACCAAAAGUUGAGUUUCCAAUUUUAUAUUUAAAAAUUUUGAAAAAUUAUAAAUCACAGUUCUGAAUCUCAAAUUCCUAAUUAAUAAAUUUUAAUUUUAAUUUAUAUUCGCUAUUCCAAAAAUAAAAUGUGAAAUUCAUGUCCAAAAAUUAAUUUAGUAAAUUUAUAUUCAAAUUAAUUCAAAAACGAAAUUCAAAGAACCAUUCGAAAAUUCAAAAGGCGAUUUUAAAUAACGAAAAUUUAAAUAAAAAGUCGAAAUCCCAAUUUUAAAAACCAUAAUUAAACUCCAAACUAAGAAUCUGAUUUUGAAACUAAAACUUCCAAUUCUGAAAUUUCAAUCGUGAAUUUCAAAUUUCAAGAAUAAAAUGUAAUAUUUUGGAAUUGAAAAUCAGUCUACAUCUUAUUCG